CGUCGCCAUCUUAUUUGACAUCACACAUUUCUGCCAGAAAGUACGGUAUGUCAUAGCUCAGAUACAAUCAUGAUCUAAUGUUACCAGAACUUACAUGAGUUUUUACACUAUAAUCUCUUAAUCUUUAGCUUCGUUAAUCAUUAACUGAUUAUGGCCAUCAGCGACAUCGACAUUUUCGAUUUAAUUGUCUGGGUUGCUUGGGAGCAGAGGCUGCUGUCCUUACCUCCAGAUGCCAGGGGUGCAAGGAACAGACGUGGACUAUGGACUGUUUUCCUGAUGACAGUUUUUGCAUUCAUUGGAACUUACUGGAAAGGUCCUAUCGGGGCUCUGAUUCUGACUGCACUGGCGACGAUGUACGCUAUUGACAACUACUGGAACGGAGCACAAGACGACGAGAUCAUUCCUGUCACGGACCUUCUGCUAUACUCGGAACAAUUCAAAGACUCCAACAAGCGAGAAAUAGUCGACGCUGUCCGUGAGCUCACUUGCAAGUACGAAACCAGAGAUUACGCGGCACUCGCACAACUCGUCGGUUCACACCCGUCUUUGCGCGCAAAAAUCGCCGAGAUCAUCCACAAAUAUCUCCUCAACUCCGUCUGCUACGAAGUCGCACUGGAUCCUGAAAUCGUGAAUUAAAGUCCGUCGUCAAGAUUCGGUUUCAAUCAUCACAACCCGAAGAAGGAAAACGCUCGACGCGUGAAAGCAUAUAAAACGAAUCUCUAUUCCCUGAACCAACUUUUUGUUCCGAAGCUGAACCCUCGGGUCCAGCCACGCUUGCUUAGAUCAUCCCAAACCCCUGGCAAUGGGUUAAUGCCUUCAAUAACCGUUCUCUCAAUAGUUCCUCGCUCGCGUAGCCCGGCAACAGCAGUACAUUGAAGCAAGUAUGAGCUGAUGGUAACCUGGAACACAUGGAAGAAAAAAAAUACCCAACAGUUGAUCAGCCAAAAUGGAAAAGAAAAUAACCUACCGACUGGAAUCGUCGCCAUGACGAGAAAUGACCAGACCGAGAGCCUUGAGGCCACCGACGGGCACGCGGUGUGACCCAGUUAUGAACCUGAGCAGAUCCAGUUUCUGCUCACUCGUCAUUUCGUGCACAGCUUUCCAGAACCAACGUAUCACCUCACUGUCCGCUGAAUACCCACAGUCGUAUUUUGUAAAACUCUCCAGUUCCGUCAAGUCCGUUUCCUGCAAACGAGCAUUGAAAUAUGAACAGCCGUCUGAGUCAACGGAAAAUCGA